AUGACCAUAUUGGAGGAUAUCCAAAUUCAUAGUAUCCUUGGGGAAGAGAGAACCAUGAGGGAAGGAUCAUUAUUAACUUUUCCAAAUUUUCUUGUUUCUGUGUUGAUCUUCCUGUUCAUCACUGAAAUACAAGCAAGAAAACUUCAACAAGAAUGUUCUUAUUCAUGUGGAGACAUCAAUAACAUAAAAUACCCUUUUCGCCUCAAGGGCGAUCCAGCAAAAUGUGGUCAUCCUAACUUCGAACUUUCAUGCCAAAGCAACAAAACCAUCCUAGAAUUUCAUUCAGGAAAGUACCAUGUGAAGGGAAUUUCACAUAAAGAAAAGACUAUCAGUGUUGUUGAUGUUAACUUAGCCAGUGGAACCUGCCGCCUUCCCUACGGAUCUUUGUCAGCAGACGACAUACUCAAGGAAUUUUCCAUUACGUUUAGUUUUGGACUAGAACUAGACGGUAACUACAGUUAUGCCACAUUUUUCCGCUGCUCUCAGAAGAUUAAUGAUCCGCUUUUAACAAGAAUUCCUUGCUUGAGUGAAAAUCAAUCUUAUUCUUAUGUUACAAUUUAUUAUCCAGAGUAUCAGUAUCAAGUUUGCUCGUUAAAUGCAGUGACUCCUAUAUACUAUAGGCCAUAUGAGCUGUUUGGUAAUAACACAUAUCAUUAUGAAACCAUCCGCAAAUCUCUGCGGUCAGGUUUCAAUCUUACAUGGUCCUUUGAGCGCAGGGAUUGUCUUGCCCCCGAUGGCAUGUGUUCUGUUAGGAGAGGGACAACAGGAUAUUCACGUGAUUGCAAAAAAUCUGAAACUGCACUUAAUCUGGUCAUUGAAUUCUUGCGAUUCUUGCGGAGAUUCACAUAUGGUGUAUUCGCUCGUGUUUUCGCUGAAUAUGUACCAGAUUUCUUGGAAUUCCUCCUUGUAACGCUUCUUCUCGAUUAUCAUGGUCAUGGUGGUGUAGUUAACAUUGCAGUGCCUACAGCCACAAGUAUUGGAGGCAUUGUCUUCUUUGCAUUGGUAAUACUUCUCCUUUACAAAUCCAGGAAAUCUGAAAAUGAAAAAGAAACUCAAUUGAAAAUAGAGAAGUUCCUCAAAGACUACAGGACCCUCAAUCCAACCAGAUAUACUUACAGUGACCUUAAGAAAAUAACUGGUAAAUUUAGGCAUAGACUUGGUCAAGGAGGUUAUGGAAGUGUCUUCAGAGGAAAACUCUCCAAUGGAAUUCCGGUUGCUGUUAAGAUGUUGGGACAUUCAAAAGGAAAUGGUGAAGAAUUUAUCAAUGAAGUGGCUACUAUAGGUAGGAUUCACCACUUUAACAUUGUUCGUCUAUUUGGAUUUUAUUCAGAAGGAACACGACGUGCUCUUAUCUACGAGUUCAUGCCUAGUGGAUCACUUGAGAAGUUUAUAUUCUUAGAUGUAAACAAGUCAAUUCAGCGUCCAUUGAGUUGGGAAAAGUUGCAAGACAUUGCCAUUGGUGUUGCACGGGGAAUAGAGUACUUGCACCAAGGAUGCAACUAGAGGAUCCUUCACUUUGACAUCAAGCCUCACAAUAUAUUAAUUGACCAUAAUUUUCAGCCGAAGAUUUCAGAUUUUGGGCUAGCAAAAUUAUGCUCAAAAGAACAAAGUGUUGUGUCAAUGACAGCUGCUCGAGGAACUACAGGGUACAUUGCCCCAGAACUUUUCUCCAGGCACUUUGGCGAGGUUUCUUACAAGUCCGAUGUUUUUAGUUAUGGAAUGAUGCUACUAGAGAUCGUUGGAUGCCGAAAGAAUAUUGAUCUUACAAUUGACAAAGAAAGCCAAAUUUACUUUCCUGAGUGGAUAUACAACAAAAUGAGCCAAGGAAAAGAGCUUAAUUUAGAAAUUGAGGUAGAGGGAGAUGAGGAAAUUGCCAAGAAGCUUGCAAUUUUGGGACUCUGGUGCAUUCAGUGGAAUCCAACAGAGAGGCCUUCCAUGCCACUUGUGUUACAAAUGCUUGAAGGUGACUUGCAGAGCUUGGAGAUUCCUCCAAAGCCCUUCGCUUCUUCAGAUGAUGAAAUGGAUGCAAAUUAAUCAUUUAUAG